CAAGUAAGCGAAGAUACCUUUAUAUUAGGUUUUCAACAAUUCGGCCAAGCUCCAGGACAUGGGGUUUCCAAAGAUGAUGAAAACUGCUCAAGCUUUGUAUUCUAGGGUUCUCUGCGAUACAAUAAAGAGCCAAACCGCUAGAAGUAUGGAGCUCUCGGAGCGUUUGCUGUCCAAUGUAAAAGAACGCAACGUUGUGUUCUCGCCUCUCUCCAUACAGGUGUUGUUGAGCCUUACCGCGGCUGGAUCCAACGGCCGCACAAAGGACCAGUUGCUCGGGUUCCUCAAUUGCAAAUCCAAGGAGCAGCUCAGCUCAUUCUCCUCCGAUCUAAUGUCAUCGGUUCUCGUUGACGGAGCCUCCAUGGGUGGCCCCCGCUUGAGCUUCACCAACGGCGUUUGGUUUGACAAGUCAGUCGCUCUCAAACCUUCUUUCAAACAUGUUAUCGAUAAUUUUUACAGGGCGGCUUUGAAACAAGUUGAUUUCCGCACAAAGCCUAAUGAAGCCAGAGAUCAAAUUAAUUCAUGGGCGGAAAAGGAGACCAAUGGCCUAAUCAAAGAGAUUCUUCCUGUUGACUCAGUUGACACCCUAACCAGGUUAAUACUUGCAAAUGCACUCUAUUUUAAAGGGACUUGGGAUGAAAAGUUUGACCCAUCGACUACUAAAGACUAUGAUUUUCACCUUCUGAAUGGGAGUUCAGUCCAUGUUCCCUUCAUGACCAGCGACGAAAGACAGUUUGUUAGAGCCUUUGAUGGUUUCAAAGUCCUACGACUUCCUUAUCGACAAGGCCAGGACAAACGCAACUUCUCUAUGUACAUCUUUCUUCCUGAUGCACGAGAUGGACUACCUGCCCUGGUAAAGAAGUUGGGUUCUAAAUCUGGAUUAUUAGAUCUUCACCUCCUAGAUGAGCUUGUAGAAGUGGGUGAUUUUCGGAUCCCUAAGUUUAAGGUUUCCUUUCAUUUUGAAGCUUCCAAACUUCUCAAUGGAUUAGGACUCGAGUUGGAAGACGCAGAUCUGACAGAAAUGGCAGAUAGUAAGGGAGAGAAGUUAGAAAUUACAGCCAUAUUUCAUAAAGCCUUCAUUGACGUUAAUGAAGAAGGUACUGAGGCUGCUGCUGUUUCUACUUUAUUUGUGGGAUCAAGUUGCAUGCCUUCUGAAAUACAAAGUAUAGACUUUGUAGCUGACCAUCCAUUCUUGUUCAUUAUCAGAGAAGACGUUACUGGCGCAUAUCUGUUUGUUGGGCAAAUACUUGAUCCCCUAAGUGGCUAAUCAGUUGUGGCUGAAUGGAUUGUCUGCUACGGUUUUCAACUUUCUUUCCC